CCACAGCACCGAAAAGAAAAAUUCUGCACGCGUACGCCUGCGAGGCGUAAACCGACCGGAGGAGUGCAAAGAAAGGAGUGCGGGCGAAGUCCGGACUCGGCAAGGCUGCCCCUACACAACGGGCGGCAUCACAGUGCAGCAUCCAUCUGCACUGAGACUGCAGCUACAAGGCGAUGCAAGCCCUCCCGCCACCGCCCAUCGACCCCGUCGAGGCAGGUCUGGCCAAGGCCCAGGCACGGCUCAGCCUCGAGGCCGGGUCGUCGGCUGAAGGCCUCGACGCAAAGGCCCUGCUCGCCGCGGUCCCGCAGCACCUCGCGUUCCUCCGGGCGGCGCACCGGGCCGGCGUGUCCCUGAGCGCCCCGUCGGCCAAGACGCUCGAGCGCUACGCAUCCAAGUGGCUGCCGCUCCUCGCCGCCGCAAAGCCGGGCGCGGCGCUCGCGCCGCCGCCGGACGUCGCCUGGGCCUGGCACUGCCACCGGCUCGCGCCCCGGAGCUACGCUAGGACGGCGCGGCGCCUCGGCCUGCCGGAGACGAAGCCGUUCCUCAUCCAAGCGGAGGGCGCGACACAGAACGCGACACAGAAGGCCUGGGCCGCCGCCUACCCGGACGAGCCGUUCUUCCUCGAAGGCGAUAGCGGAGACGACGCCGGCACCCUCGUCCUCGACGGCUUCGACGUGGCGGCGGCGUGCGAACGCCAGCGCACGUUCCUCUGGCAGGUGUCCGGCCCGCGGUUCGACGAGGGCUAUUUCCUGCACGAUGGCGUAAAACGCUACGAGAACUUUCUCCGGCUCAUGCGCAGCGGCGAAUUCCUCGUGCCCACCUACCAGAUCGACCUCUUCUGGCACACGCACAUCUUGGCGAGCGCCAGCACAUACGCGGCCGACACGCGGCGGCUGUGCGGCUUCGAGCUGCCCCACGACGACUCCGUCAACGACCGCGCCGAGGGUUCCAAGCUGAACCGCCAGUACGCGGUCACGCAGAAGCUCUGGGCCGAGGCGUACGGCGGCGAACGAUACGCGGUCCCGGGCGGCAUGUACCGCGGCGAGCCGCCCGAGGCCUACUUCGAACCGACCUGGGAGAAGGAGACGGUCGAGAUUCGGUGGCGGCUGCUGCGCGAGGCCGCCGGAGUCACGUGGCAGCCGGGCGGGGCGCCGCCGGUGGCCGAGGGCGUCGUCGUCGGCACGUCGUACGUCGUCCCGCGCGUCUGGAGCGUCGAAGGCGACGCGCUGGCGAGCUCGAAAGGCGUGCACAAGUGGAUAGCGCUGCACAAGUGGAUAGCGUACCAGCCGCACGACGUGGCGACGCUCGAGGCGGCGUACGCGUCGAAAGGCAGGGUGUCGCUGGGCCUGUACGACGUCGAUCUUUCGGCUAUGACGCAGACGCGCAGGGAAACGGGCGUCGUGCGCCGUGUCCACGUGUCCUCGAUGCCCUGGUGGAUCUACGGAGCCAACGUCCGCCUCGACGCCGCGGCGAACGCGGCCGUCAACGAGGCCUACGCGCGCGGCGAGGGCACCGCGACGCUCCCGGACGGGUCGGUCGCCGACCUCCAGUCGUUCUCGCUGACGCGAACCACGGGAUUCGAACACCGGGACCCCGGGGGUGGCUGGACUCCCUACGACACUGCCUGCACGGCGGCCAUCGCCGCUGCUAUGGGAAAGAGUCCGGCGGGCGGUGCGGUCAACUUGCCAGGUAUCCCUUUCGAGGUGCGCUGGGGCGCGCAGGCGACGUCGGCCAAGAUGCCGGCGCGACCGCCCGAGGGCAUGAUCCAGGUCAACACGGCGAACCAGAACACGCGCGUCGUGCGGCGCGCGGCCGGGGGCUCCGUGCCGUUCAGCAAGGCGCCCGACUUUAUUGCAGGGGCACCCAAGUCGACGACCACGGCGAACGCGAACCCGCAGCGGGAGGGCUACGCGCUGUGUGGAAAUCAACCAGUGUGUCGGCGUGGAGGACGAAGCGACGAUUCAGCACGAACGCGCCGUAAAAUUUUGAUUUCCACACAGGCUACGCAUUUGGUGCCGGCGAAUUCGGCGACGGCUACUACCGCUUCGGCACGGCCCACGGCGACGAGAUCAUGCGGGUCCGCUUGGAAAAGAUGCUCAAGGAAAGGAAGGAUUGCGCGGCCUGCUUCUUCUGUUUUGGAUGCUACGCCAGAGAGAUCGCGGAGCUUGAAGCGCUGAUCGCGUCCGGGGACUACUACUCGGCCCAGAAGGCGCGGCGGGCCAAGAGCUCAAACUACGACGGCGGAGGGUGUGGCGGCGGCGCCUGCGCGGCCUGCGGGGCGGCGGCGUGCGGAGGCGGCGGCGCGGGCAGUAGUUGCGGGGCCGGCGCGGCGGCCAGUUGCGGAGGUGGUGGCUGCGGCGGCGGCGGCGGAUGCGGCGGCGGCGGCGGAUGCGGCGGCGGCGGCGGUUGCGGCGGCGGCGGCGGAUGCGGCGGCGGAUGCGGCGGAGGCGCACCAAUGGCGGCGGAGGACUCUUGA